UAACACCUUCAACUCAAGUCAACCCAACAAGACUUAACUAAGCAAAGAGCAUCAUCGUAUCAUAGAUUUUGUGUCAAUUAUGUGAUUAUUUUUAGUACAGCAUAGCCCCUGACUCAUAAUUCACACCCUCUAGUUGUCUUUACCACAUUCCCACUGACAAAGAUUUCUCAUUAUUAUUUAAUUAAUCAACUAACACCCUUUUGCAUCACUCACUUUCUGGCGACUCCAUGAUCUCAUAAUAGCCUCAAAAUCACACCAACAGUGAUAGAGAGAUGGGUUUCAAUUUGAUUCUAUGGUAUCAUCCCAAUCUGGUUCUCGCUGUUCUGCUGCUCUUUUCCUGUUCCUUUGGCCUUUUCUCUGCAAAUGAUGAAGUGGGCACGGCUCAAGGUGAAACCUUUACUGUUUCGAGCUUCAGUUACCCUGAGACUAGGCUCAGGCCCUUUGAUUUGCGCUACAUCAGAGUUGACUUGCCGCCAUGGUUUUCUGCACUGUCUAUAGCAUUGAAGUCAGAUGUAGAUAUUGAUAUCUCAAGAAUUGAAAGGGUUCCCAUACGCACAUUGCCAAUAAUAUGCUUUAGAGAUGGAAGUCCUCCACUACCAGAUGCCUUAAACACAUCUCUGAAAGAUUCAGCCACUUCUGGAAUAAAUGGUCUAGAUGUGGAGCAGUGCUUUCCCAUGCAGAAAAAUAUCACUAUGAAACUGACAAACAAUCAGAUAUCUCCAGGUGUUUGGUACAUUGGUCUUUUCAAUGGAAUUGGACCUACAAGGACACAAUCAAAGAUGAUUAUCCGCGGUCCAUCAUAUUCCUUUAUUGCCAAUAUAAGUGUGGAAGCAUGCACAAAUUCAAUGAUGAGGGGAGAUUUCUGUAACAGUACAGUUUAUCCACUUUCGUGCAAAUCAUCUGAUCUCUCUAAUGCUUUGGAAACUAAAGUGAACAAGUCAUUGUUGGAAAAUUUGGUGACCUGCAAAAGUAAUUCUGAAGCAUUUUGUGUUCAUGAAGGUGUGCCAAACUUCUUCUCCCUGGACAUAAUGAAUGUGGCAGAAGAAAUUAUCAUUACGGCAACAAAUAUCAGAUUCAAUGUUACUUCAUUGAAUGAUGUUAGUUUAAUGUGUUUUGUCCGCCAUGGUGCUAUGCCUUCGGUGACUUCAAAUGAUUAUUCCAUUGAUAUAGCUAAAAGUCCCCUGGUUAUUCAUUCACCAUUGAUUGGCCGUUGGUAUAUUAGUAUAGUGCCAGUCAAUCUUACAAAAACUCAGGUUAGCAAUGUAAGAGUUUGCUAUUCGGUGGAAUCGCAAGUGCUUCAAUGUCCACUUGGAAAAGCUGGACCAAAUUGUAUAAUGGAUAGCUACUUGCUUCAGACAUUUCUAAGGAGAGGUUCAACCCCUUUUGAAUCCUAUUAUUUACCAGUUGGUGGAGCACCUUAUGAUUCUGCCAAUUUCCCUCUUGAGCCACUUUUAAAAAACUCAUCAUACAUUGGAGAAUCUGAUAGCAUUUGGACUUACUUUCUUUUGGACAUUCCUCGCGGUGCUGCUGGAGGAAAUAUUCACAUACAGCUAUCCUCAAAUACAAAGAUUGGUUAUGAAGUGUAUGCUAGAUUUGGUGGAUUACCAUCUCUAGAUAGCUGGGACUAUUAUUAUGCUAACAAGACCAGGAGAAGUGACCCAUCUAUGUUUUUCACGCUGUAUGACUCAAGUGAUACCAAAGUUAACUUUUAUAUUAUGUAUGCUAGAGAAGGAACUUGGGGCUUUGGUCUAAGACAUCUUAGUAGCAACAAUGACUCCAUAAAAGGGCUAAAUAUCAUGUCCAUUUCACUUGAGCGAUGCCCAAAGCGAUGUUCCUCUCAUGGAGACUGUAAAUUUUCGUUUGACGCUAGUGGACUAACAUCUUACAGCUUCUGCUCUUGUGAUCGAAACCAUGGAGGCUUUGACUGCAGCAUUGAGAUUGUAACACAUCAAGGGCAUGUACGACAAUCAAUUUUUCUCAUUGUAUCAAAUGCUGCAGCCAUACUUCCUGCCUAUUGGGCCCUUCGGAAGAAGGCAUUAGCAGAAUGGGUUUUAUACACAUCCAGUGGGAUUUCAAGUGGACUAUAUCAUGCGUGUGAUGUUGGCACUUGGUGUGCAUUGAGCUAUAAUGUCUUACAGUUCAUGGACUUCUGGCUCUCAUUCAUGGCUGUGAUUAGCACUUUUCUUUAUCUAACUACCAUUGAUGAAGUAUUUAAGAGGGCAAUCCACACAGCUGUUGCUAUCCUUACUGCCCUAAUGGCUGCAACAAAAGCAACCAGGUCUUCCAAUGUUAUGCUUGUGAUUGUGAUUGGUGCUCUUGGUUUGUUUGUUGGAUGGUUGAUAGAAAUCUCAACAAAGUAUAGGUCCCUUUCCUUUCCAACUGGAAUCUCAUUCAACUUCUCUCACUGUUUCCAAACUAUAAAGCGAUGGCUCUAUAAUCUUGUCAAGACACUUUUGAGACGGUACCACUUGGCUUUUGCCUUUGCUGGUUUUACUGCAUUGGCCAUGGCAGCAAUAAGCUGGACACUUGAAACCAGUGAAUCCUACUGGUUUUGGCACAGCAUUUGGCAUAUUACAAUAUACACUUCUUCUUUCUUCUUCCUUUGUUCAAAAGCAAAUAUUGAGGACAGUGAGACAACGCAUCCUGCAGAUGGAAACUAUGAACUGACUCAUCAGGAUUCACUUCCAAGAAGUGGUUAGAAUAAAGUCAGAGGAAAAGGUUAGUGUAGAAAGGGGAGAGAGGUUGAUCAGAGAUUAAUAUUUGAGCAAGGGUAUAUGGACACUUGCAUAAUGUAUACACCCAAUUGAUAACUUUCAUUUAUCUCUAUCUCUCUUCUGAUAUCUUUCUUUGGGUGUAUAUUGAGCUUAAGUGUCCAUAAAUCAUUUUUGUUAACAUAUUUAGUGUUUGUGGUGAGUUUAUGUGAAGGUGGCACAAGAAUGUGUGGCUGCCAACAGUGGAUUUUGAUGCAACAAACAAUGAUCAAGCAAAGAAGUGUCUUGUAAAUUCUUGUUAGCACAAGGUUUGUUUCUGCAAUUCUUUAUCAAUUUUGGCAUGAUUGUGUCUAGGAUAAAGAAUCAAACUAUGGCUACAUUUUUGUCAUAGGAUAAAGGAGCUUUGUUUAUGUUAUUACUUAUGAUUUAGAACAUAACUUGCGUUUGAA